AUGAAAGGAAAUUUCAAAGAUUUAUUCCGUAAAUUCUGUUUGGAAGGCUCAUUUGUGGGACUAAAAUAUUUUUAUAUAUAUCCAGAUUUUGUGUCAAGAUGUUUCUGGAUGUUAAACACUGUGCUGACCUUGGGUCUAUCGUAUCUACUCGUCUACCUGCUGUAUCACCGUUUCAAUGAGAUGCCUACAAGGAUAACCAUAGAGAAUCAAUACGAGAUGAUGGAUGACAUGCCUUACCCGUCUAUUACGAUCUGUUCACCAAAUCAGAUGACCAUCAGUUCUAUGACACAUUUUAACAAGACACUUGUAGAUGGUAACGUAACAUUUGAUUUAGAACAUAUUCUGCCGCAACUAUUGGGAUUUUAUGCACCUUUACAAUUAUGGGACGUCCCUGGACUAGAACAGCUGCAGACUGUUAUCAACCUUAACAGAUACACAGUAACUGAAGUAAUUAACUCAAUGCCACAACGCUGUGAUCGAUUUUUAAAAAUGUGCAUAUUAGAUAGGAAGUUGUAUCCUCAGUGUGAAGAACUAUUCAGGCCAAUCCUCACGAUGUACGGACAUUGCUGUAUCUUCAAUAAUAUAUACUACUUCAAGAAUCAAUUAAGGAAUGAAAAGGACAAUAAUAUCUACAGGUGGAAAGUGAAAUCGUUCGGCGUAAUGGAGGCACUGACGGUGGUCGUUGACUACGAGCCUGAAGACGCACUGGAUGGCACCAUACUCAACGCGGGUUCAAUACGGUUAAUGUUCAACGACAUGAACGAGUUUCCAGCUGAAGAAGAAACAAAAUUAGUGCAUCCAUAUACAGAGUCGUUCCACGUAAUCCAAGCUGCUUAUACGUACUGUUCUGAGGAUGUUCGCAAUUUACCAUUUACGAGUCGUAAAUGUUACUUCAACGACGAGCAUCACCUGCCAUUUUUUGGUGAUUAUCAUAAUUCCGACUGCGACCUUUUAUGUUACGUGAAAGCAGUGGAAGCCGCCUGCAACUGCAUAACUAUCAGCUAAUACUAUGUGCCCGCGCUAUAUUCUGACCUAUUUUACCAUGAUCCCCGGCAGGCCUGUAACUUUACAAGUAUCUCUUGCAUAAUGGAAACAAAACUUCACAUCUACGAAUCGCUUACAACAAACAACUGCGAUUGUCCGAGAGAUUGUGACUCUCGCCGCUACACCACUGAAAUGACAGUAGGCAACCUGAAAGCUCUUCCGUACUUAGUAACAAAUGCAUUUUCCGGUGUAACGUUCAACAGAAGUUCCGCCAUUAUGCAUUUCUACUUUCCAAGUCCGGUAUAUGUAAAACAGAAGCAGGAGACUGUGAUGUCACUUAUUAGCUUAGCUUCAAACCUGGGAGGUGUGUUUGGUUUGUGCCUGGGUUCGAGUGCUAUAAGCGUUUUAGAAAUAUUGUUCUACUCAUAUAAAGCAAUAAAUAACUAUAUUUCAAGAACGAAAGAAAUACGCAGAGGUUUACAAACGCAAUUGGAAGUAUUUGACUAUAAUUCCUAA